AUGGCAUUCUACGAAAAAAGUGCAGCAACGGUAUUCCUGUUAAGUGCAAUCAGUAUAAUUGCUCAACUGCUCAUCUUGCCAUUUCUUAUGAAAGAAGUCGAUCUAAAGAGGUUUACGGUGAACGAAAGGUUGCAAAAACUACAGGCAUUAUCCGACACAGCAGAAAUGCAAUUAUAUCUCCUGAGGGGAACGAAUGAUAGGAUGAAAAGAGAAGCAGCUGCCUGCAACACAGAGCCUGGACCUCCUGGAGAUCCAGGAUACGACGGAGAAGACGGCGAACAAGGUGAUGAUGGGCCAGAUGGUCCACCAGGUAUGGACGCUCACCAAAUGAUGUUGACCACGCAAGAAAAAUGUGUUAUUUGUCCAGCUGGACCGGCUGGACUUCCUGGCGCACCUGGAACCAAGGGUGCGCCUGGAUUACGAGGGGAAAAAGGGAUUCCGGGUGCCUCUGGACUUGAUGGUCAUGAAGGUGAAGCCGGACCAGAAGGACCUGUGGGUUUUAACGGUACAGCUGGAAGACCUGGAAAAAAGGGAUCCGACGGAAUACCUGCUGUCGGUGGUGUUGGAGAGCCCGGACCUCCGGGGGCGCCUGGACCUAUUGGAGGAGCAGGUCAACAAGGUCCAAGAGGAAAGAAAAAUUAUGUUUAUGGAGCUCCGGGAUCUGACGGAUUACCUGGUGUAAAUGGUCUGGAUGGUAUUCCAGGAAGUCCGGGAAUUCGCGGUGAGAAGGGCCUUCCUGGAGAGCCUGGUGCAGACGUUAAAUUUUGUCCGUGCCCAGCUGAACUUAAAAACAUUGGAAAUGAGAAAGAAGUGAGCGAAAAAAUUGCAAUACCCAUUGCCGAAAGCCGUCACAAAGAUCUUCUAACCUUUCCGGACAAGGAUCAUGAAAGCGAGAAGGUGACAAGUAAAAGUUUAGAAGGAGGCAAUUUUGCAGGUGUAACCACACAGCCAAAACAAACAAUCAAGUUGCUGCAUGAAAGUGACCUCACAAAAAGCGUCUACGAAUCAUCUCCGGGAAGUGCAGAGAACAUUGAUCUUCCAGACGAAGGAAGAUUCAUUCGGCCGGUCGAUGAAGAUGAAACUGUAAAACGGAUAAUAAAUGUGAAGCAGCAAAUAGAGAGGGAAGAUCUUAGUCAGGCGUUUGCUUACGGUAGCGAAAAGAAAUCAUCUGACCAAACAUAUCCCCUCGUAGAUUUGUCAUCGCCAACGAAUGAAAAAGUGUACGGUGCGGACAGAAACUUCAGCAGCGGUGGACUGGAAAGCUCUAGUAGCAAACAAAUUGGCGAAACCACAAACAGCGAAUUUACUAUCAAACAUCCAGAUUCCUCUAAGCCAGCUUUCACAAAAACAUCCAAGCAACACGAAAGCUAUUCUGGAAGACAACAUCUUAAAACUGUCUCAAGUUUAAGUAAAACACGAGUAGAAAAAAAUGGUUACGGAAAAUCUAAGGUCGACUUUGAUGGUGGAAAUGAGGCAGCGAAAAUUGUCACUGAAAGCGACAAUAACCAGCUCACAAAGCUUGAAAAAGAUGUGGAAACUUCACAAUACAGCGACACCACUUUAGUGACAGAACAAUAUAGCUGGGAAGAAGAGACAACUGCACCAUCAACCCAACGGCGAUUUAUUUACGUAACUAAACGUCCGCGAAUUGCGAGGGAAAAACAUGAAGAUUAG